GUAUCGUUUCAUUCCUAACAGAAUUUGGUUUUAAGAUCUAAUAUUUUAAACUCUGGAAUGGCGAAAAUGGCUUUUCAACAUCAGGCCGGUACGGCCAUGGAGUGCUUAAGUAUUCCAAUAACGCUUCAUAAAGAAAAAGACUUUGACCGCGAAGGGCGUGAAAUACUAAAGUGUGGAUUUAAAAUAGGAGGUGGCAUAGACCAAGAUUUUAAGAAAAGCCCUCAAGGAUAUACUGACUAUGGUAUAUAUGUUACUGAAGUUCACGAGAAAAGUCCAGCGUCAAGAGCGGGUUUGCGUAUCCACGACAAAAUCUUACAGUGCAAUGGUUAUGAUUUUACAAUGGUUACUCAUAAAAAGGCAGUUAGCUACAUUCGGAAAAAUCCAGUUUUAAAUAUGCUCAUUGCAAGGAAAGGAGUAACUUCCACGUAACUGUUUACUUUAUUUUUCGAAAAAAAGGGAGCACUGGGGUUUCCUUUUCUAUAUUCGCGCUUUUGUUUCGCUUACUACGUCGGAAUGGGUGGGCCGAAAGUAAUAUUUGUCACAUAUACACGUUGCAAAAAAAUCAUUAUUUUAAGUAAAGGUACAUUUAUUGUCUAACAUUAACAAAUUUUAUAAAAGAAAAGAAUUGAAAUACCAUCAA